GAGCAAACUACAACUAGGGCCCGACCAGAGGGCGGUCUCUUCCCCAGCAUGGCCCCCUUGGCCUGGGCCAUCUGCUGCCUCCUGGGGGGCCUCCUGCUUGGAGAGGGCAGCCCCAGCCCCGGCCCCAGUGCCAGCGUGCCCCGCCUGCGGCUCUCCUACCGAGACCUUCUGUCUGCCAAUCGCUCUGCCAUCUUCCUGGGCCCCCGAGGCUCUCUGGACCUCCAGGCCAUGUACCUGGAUGAGUACCGGGACCGCCUCUUUCUCGGGGGCCGCAAUGCCCUCUACUCUCUGCGGCUGGGCCAGGCAUGGCCAGACCCUCGGGAGGUCCUAUGGCCACCGCAGCCAGGACAGAGGGAGGAAUGUGUUCGAAAAGGAAGAGACCCUUCGAUGGAGUGUGCCAACUUUGUGCGGGUGCUGCAACCCCACAACCGGACCCACCUGCUGGCAUGUGGCACUGGGGCCUUCCAGCCCACCUGCGCCCUCGUCACUGUUGGGCAUCGUGGGGAGCACAUGCUCCACCUGGAGCCCAGCAGUGUACAAAGUGGACGGGGACGGUGCCCACACGAGCCCAGCCGUCCCUUCGCCAGUACCUUUGUAGGUGGGGAGCUGUACACCGGCCUCACUGCCGACUUCUUGGGGCGGGAGGCCAUGAUCUUCCGAAGUGGGGGUCCCCGGCCAGCUCUGCGUUCAGACUCUGAUCAAAGUGUCCUGCAUGAUCCUCGGUUUGUGCUGGCUGCACGGAUCCCUGACAACUCUGACCAGGACAACGACAAGGUGUACUUCUUUUUCUCGGAGACUGUCCCAUCGCCUGAUGGUGGCCCAGGCCACGUCACUGUCAGCCGUGUGGGCCGUGUCUGUGUGAAUGACGCUGGUGGCCAGCGGGUGCUGGUGAGCAAAUGGAGCACCUUCCUCAAGGCCAGGCUGGUCUGCUCUGUGCCUGGCCCUGGAGGCGCCGAGACCCACUUCGACCAGCUGGAGGAUGUAUUCUUGCUGUGGCCCAAGGCAGGGAAGAACGUCGAAGUGUAUGCACUGUUCAGCACUGUCAGUGCUGUGUUCCAGGGCUUCGCCGUCUGUGUGUACCACAUGGUGGACAUCUGGGAGGUUUUCAAUGGGCCCUUUGCCCACCGAGAAGGUCCUCAGCACCAGUGGGGGCCCUAUGGGGGCAAGGUGCCCUUCCCCCGGCCCGGCGUGUGCCCCAGCAAAAUGACUGCAAAGCCAGGACGACCUUUCGGCAGCACCAAGGACUACCCGGACGAGGUGCUGCAGUUUGUCAGAGCCCACCCCCUCAUGUUCCAGCCUGUGCGGCCUCGGCACGGCCGGCCUAUCCUCAUCAAGACUAACCUGGCCCAGCUGCUGAGGCAGAUCGUGGUGGACCGUGUGGAGGCGGAGGAUGGGACCUAUGAUGUCAUUUUCCUGGGGACUGACUCAGGCUCUGUGCUCAAGGUCAUGGUUCUGCAGGCAGCAGGCUCAGCUGAGCCUGAAGAAGUACUUCUGGAGGAGCUCCAGGUGUUUAAGGUGCCAACACCCAUCACCGAGAUGGAGAUCUCUGUCAAAAGGCAAAUGCUGUAUGUGUGCUCUCAGCUGGGUGUGGCCCAGCUGCGGCUGCACCAGUGUGAGACCUACGGCAGUGCCUGUGCAGAGUGCUGCCUGGCUCGGGACCCCUACUGUGCCUGGGACGGUGCCUCCUGUACCCGCUACCGCCCUAGCCUGAGCAAGCGCCGGUUCCGCCGGCAGGACAUCCGGCAUGGCAACCCUGCUGUACAGUGCCUGGGCCAGAGUCAGGAUGAGGAGGCUCCAGGACUAGUGACCACCAGGGUCUACGGCACUGAGCACAAUAGCACCUUCCUGGAGUGCCUGCCCAAGUCUCCCCAGGCUGCCGUGCGCUGGUUCUUGCAGAGGUCAGAGAAUGAGAGGCCUGACCAGGUGAAGACAGACGAGCGAGUCCUGCAAACAGAGCAGGGGCUGCUUUUCCGCAGACUCAGCCGCCUUGAUGCUGGUACCUACACCUGCACCACACUGGAGCACGGCUUCUCCCAGACUGUGGUCCGUCUGGCUCUGGAGGUGAUUGUGGCCGCACAGCUGGACAGUCUGUUCCCUGCAGGGCCGAAGCUGGAGGAGCCCCCAGCCCGAGGAGGCCUGGCCUCUGCUCUACCCAAGGCUUGGUAUAAGGACAUCCUGCAGCUCACUGGCUUUGCCCACCUGCCCCAGGUGGAUGAGUACUGUGAGCGUGUGUGGUGCAGAGGCAUUGGGGAGCAUUCAGGUUCUUUCCGAAGCCGGGGAAAACAGGCCAAGGGCAAAAGCUGGGCAGGGCUAGUGCUGGGCAAGAAGGUAAAGAGUCGGGGCCAGGCUGAGCGCAAUCGGACACCUCGGGAGGUAGAGGCCACAUAGAAGAUGGCCAGUGGGGGUGGUGGUCAGGGGAACCCAGCAGCAACCUCCAGCAUCUCCCACCUGCCCAGCAAAGGCAGAGGGAGCCAGGAUGCCUGAUUGCUUCUUAAGGUCUCUCAGGAAAGACUGGUGGCCUGAGGGAAGGGCCCUGUGCCUGCGGCCUGUUCCCUGCGGCCUGUUCCCUGCCCCUCUUUGUGUUCUCAGUCUCAGAUCGAAGCUGGUACACUCUGGCCCCUGGAGCCCCAAGGGAGCUGCCAUUUGUUCUCAGAGAUGGCCUGGCUUCCGGAGCACAUUUCCGGUUGUGCCCAAGGCAAGAGGGGUGGGUAGUUCUUUCCCAGCCUGCAGAACAAUGGGCAUUCUAAGUGACCCUCAGAGUGGGUAUGGGGGUAGCUCUAAGGAAAUAUGUGGGCAAGGGUCCUCAAGCAGCCCAAGGAAUGUAGAAGUAGCCCUUAAGGUAGUACCUAUUAAGAAAAGAGCUGGGGAGGGAACGUAGAGGUGUUGAGAAAGUAGAGCAGUGACCCCCUGCCCUUUCACGCCAUGACAGGUUGGUGGUUCCCUGCCACAGCCUCUCACCGCUUCUGUAUCUCAGAAUUACAGAGGCAUCGGCUGCUGGUUAUCUGGGAGUGGUCUGGACCUUGGAUCCUGCUUUACAAACCAGGGGGAGGGAUCUCACAGCCUAACCUCCCUUCCUCAGGCCCCAAACUGUCAGGCCAGGUUUGCUGGGAUACCCACACCUCCUGACAGAUUCCACCCCCAGGACCCCUUACCAUUAGGUUCCUAUGCUAAGAAGUAGGGAGAGGGGUAGGAUCUACGGCAGUGACAUCGAACUUUUUAGAGCUUUUAAUGAUAAACAGCCCACUGCGGCAGAUGUGCUAUAUGUUUACCACCACUGACCUAGGGAAUGUCAACCCCCCUCUCUGUGAUGGGGAGAUGGGGAGAAGUGAGCUGGAGAAGUAUAAGGGUGGGAGGAGUGGGCUACCUUUCCAGAGCAAUCCAGGUGCCCCACACCUGGGAGGGUAGCAAUGUGGAGGCUCUGUGAGCUGCAGCUGGUGAUCAUUAUUGGAACCAGGACUUUUUCCAGGACCACAGAGAACUGAGAAGCUAUGGACAUGGAAGGAGGGUGGGAGACCCUCAGGCUGGGCAAGAAGCAGGUGUCUUUAAGAACUCAAGUUGAUAUUAAUUAGUUCAGGAGCCACUGGGAAGACCA